UCCCGCCAACUUCCACAAUGCAGCUACCGAACUUCUGGAUUGGUGUGGAGAUCCAAGAGCGUUCCAGAGGCCCUUUGAGCAGAGUCUUAUGGGCUGUUUGACGGUUGUUAGCAGAGUGGCAGCACAGCAGGGCUUUGACCUGGACCUUGGAUAUCGGUUGCUGGCUGUUUGCGCAGCCAACAGGGACAAGUUCACGCCAAAAUCAGCUGCACUGCUUUCAUCGUGGUGUGAAGAACUGGGACGACUCCUCCUGCUGCGCCACCAGAAAAGCCGGCAAAACGACCCUCCGGGGAAGCUGCCCAUGCAGGCACCCAUGAACUCCAUGAAACCUUCCCUUUCCCAUAGGUGCAUAUGUGACGGCUGCCACCUUGACAGACCCCAGAGAUUGAAACGGGGACCUCCAGAGCUGAAAGCUGAUGGAUCAUUUCCUUAUGAUUCUGUUCCUUGGCAACAAAACAGUAACCAACCACCAGGCUCGCUAUCGGUGGUCACAACAGUAUGGGGUGUGACUAAUACAUCCCAGAGCCAGGUGAGCAUCAUCCUAUGUCACUUUCCCUUUCGAUCAGGUGCUGGGAAAUCCCAUGGCAAAUGCCAACAGUGCUAUGAACCCAGCAGGGAAUCCCAUGGCUUCUGGGAUGACAGCCAGCAACCCUGGCAUGAAUUCACCUCAGUUUGCAGGGCAGCAGCAGCCUUUCUCAGCCAAGGCAAGCUCUAAUCAGUCAUACAUUCAACAAGGCAUGUAUGGACGGCCCAACUACCCCGGGAGCGGAGGCUUUCUGAAUUCACUCAACCAGCAGCAGCUGCAGCCGCGGGGGCGUGUAAACCAGCGCCCGCCACUGCCACAGCUACGGCCACCGCAACAGUUGCAGCACUGCAGGAAACCCAAAACAAGGAAAUGAAUCAGUAUGGACCGGUUUGUUCCUCUUUCCAGAUGGGUCCAACACAGCCUUACAACAGCCAGUUCAUGAACCAGCCUGGCCCUCGGGGUCCCGCUUCCAUGCCAGCCAACCUGAACCCUGCGUCCAUGGGGGCAGGCAUGACGCCUUCCAAUAUGAGUGGGCCACCGAUGGGCAUGAGUCAGGCCAGGCCUCCAGGAAUGAGUCCUUUCAACCAUGGGCAGAGGAUGCCCCAACAAGCUUACCCUGGCCCACGUCCUCAAUCGUUGCCUAUGCAAGGCAUGAAGAGACCAUAUCCCGGGGAGCCAAACUAUGGAAACCAGCAGUAUGGACCAAAUAACCAGUUUCCAUCCCAGCCUGGUCAGUAUCCUGCUCCCAAUCCUCCGAGACCCCUUACAUCACCCAACUACCCGGGACAGAGAAUGCCAAACCAGCAAAACUCGGGGCAAUAUCCUGCUCCAGCCGUUAACAUGGGGCAAUAUUACAAGCCAUCAAGGCCUGUUCCUGUAGCAAAUUACCCUCAUUCGCCUGUUCCAGGAAAUCCUACAGCACCUAUGACUCCAGGGAGCAAUAUUCCUCCAUACCUGUCCCCUAAUCAAGAUGUCAAACCGCCAUUCCCACCUGACAUUAAGCCAAAUAUCAACACUUUGCCACCACCUCCAACCAACCAUAACGAUGAACUGCGUUUGACGUUCCCUGUGAGAGAUGGGGUCGUGUUAGAGCCCUUCCGAUUGGAACAUAAUUUGGCAGUCAGCAAUCACGUCUUUCACCUGCGGCCUACUGUUCAUCAGACACUAAUGUGGAGAUCAGACUUGGAGUUACAAUUCAAGUGUUAUCACCAUGAAGACAGGCAGAUGAACACUAACUGGCCAGCGUCGGUCCAGGUCAGCGUCAAUGCAACUCCGCUUACCAUUGAACGGGGCGACAACAAGACAUCGCAUAAACCCCUGCACCUCAAGCACGUUUGCCAGCCAGGAAGAAAUACAAUUCAAAUUACUGUCACAGCAUGCUGUUGUUCCCAUUUGUUUGUUUUGCAGUUAGUACACCGGCCUUCAGUGCGUUCUGUUCUUCAGGGCUUAUUAAAGAAACGCCUGCUUCCAGCAGAACACUGUAUCACAAAAAUCAAGAGGAAUUUUAGCAGCGUGGCCGCCUCCUCGGGCAAUGCACCCCUCAACGGAGAGGAUGGGGUAGAGCAGACAGCGAUCAAAGUCUCUCUCAAAUGUCCAAUCACAUUCCGGCGGAUCCAGCUCCCAGCAAGAGGUCAUGAUUGCAAACACGUACAGUGCUUUGAUCUGGAAUCCUACCUCCAGCUGAACUGUGAACGAGGCACGUGGAGAUGCCCUGUAUGCAAUAAAACAGCUCUGCUGGAGGGCCUGGAGGUGGAUCAAUAUAUGUGGGGUAUUUUGAACGCUAUACAAAACUCUGAGUUUGAGGAAGUCACAAUUGACCCAACAUGCAGCUGGAGACCUGUUCCAAUCAAGUCAGACAUUCACAUCAAGGAUGAUCCAGAUGGCAUUCCCUCUAAAAGAUUUAAAACCAUGAGUCCUAGCCAGAUGAUCAUGCCUAAUGUGAUGGAGAUGAUUGCUGCCUUGGGUCCAGGUCCAUCUCCUUACCCAUCAAUUCCACCACCACCUGGUGGCACCAAUUCCAAUGAAUACAGUAGCCAAGGUAACAGUUACCAAGGUCACAGCAAUUUUGAUUUUCCCCACGGGAAUCCCGGUGGGACGUCUAUGAAUGACUUCAUGCAUGGUCCCCAGCUGUCACACCCACCGGAUAUGACCAGCAACAUGGCAGCACUUGAUAAACCCCUAAGUCACCCCAUGCAGGAACCUAUCCCUCAUCCUGGCAACACUGAUCAGUCCCAUAGUUCCAUGCAGCAAGGUUUGCACGUCCCUCAUCCCAGCAGCCAGUCAGGGCAGCCAUUACAUCACAGCGGUCCCCCGACUCAGCCGUCCCGGCAGCCGACCCAGGCCGCUGCUAGCAACCAUCCACACAGUGAGCUGGCUUUUAACCCCUCGGCAGCUUUAGAAGCUCAACCUGGUGGGCAGGGAACAUCUGACAUGCCGGAGCCUUCGCUGGAUCUGCUUCCGGAGCUCACAAAUCCAGAUGAGUUACUUUCAUAUUUGGAUCCUCCUGACUUACCAAGCAAUAGCAACGACGACCUUCUUUCUCUUUUUGAGAACAACUGAAGCCUUCUGCAUUUUACUCCCAACACCUUUCACCUGUAUGACACAUCUGUAGCUUCACAGUGAGGAAUUUCUAGUUACUCUUUUCCACAAGGACAAGCUCACAGCUUGAGCAUACAGCACACACUCCUUCCUUUCCUCAUCUCAGAACUGCUUGAGUCAAAGUUUUGGUCGUGGCGGUGGGGAGAAGCGAGAGGACAAUAUGGCAUUGACCUUCUAGACUGCCUUGCCACAUCACAGACCGCUUGUAGAGCUGUGGAAAACCUCACUUCUGUCUAGUUCUGCAGAGAGAACGAGAGUGAAUGACUUUUGGGAUACCUAGCAAGAAACAUCCCAGCCAGUCUCAGCAAGGGAAGAAAGAGACAGCAACAGGUCCAUUCUUAACGACCAGUUUCAGAGUGUCUUUCCAACCUGUGUUCUUCCAUGCAUUUCCUUCCUUUUGCUGUAAUGUCUGUUCCACUCAGUCCUCCCCAAGUUAUGCAGGUUCCAGUCUAUCUGUCAUCUGUCUAAGGACAACAUUUGGCAGCACGUUCAGACUAACUGAGCACUCGGAAUCAUAAAAUACCAAAAAGCACAAAGAAAUCAGUAAUGUCACAAGUAGGAUAAAAAUACAACAUGUAUCAAAGGGAGACAUCAGACUGUGGUUUUUCCAUUGUGGGAGAGUCCUGUGAAAUCUCCAGGUUGUGGCGAGCGUGUUUUUUUCUAGUAAAUUGUAGCAAUCUUUUUUGUUUUAAUUACUCUUAUGAGCAGAAUAACUCUUUCCCUUUACACAAUGUAUAUUGUCCUACUUCUCAUGUGUUUUCCUACAAAAGUUUGUUUUCAGUUUAUUGCCUUUUUUUAUAAUAGAGCAGCCAGUCACUGAAAAAAAAGAAAGAAAAGAAAAAUGGGAGAGAGGACAAGAACCUUAUUUGCAUAUGAAGUGAGCAAACCCUUCAAAAUAUUGGGGAUAAGAACUUCCUCUGUUCUUUAGUUGUGCAGUUAGAACAUUGCUCAGUUCCUACCGGGGAAAAAGAAAGUUCCAGGGACUUGAAAAAUCCCCCUUGCAGGAGUAUCUGGGAGAACUGAGAGUCAAGAUGGCAGCCUCAAUCAUGUGAUCAGAAUUCUGCCCCUUUUUAACCUGCUGGGCGUGCAAUGCGAGUAAAAAAAGAGGCAGGUUUCCAUCACACAGUCGCAGCUGAAUUCUUGACUCUUUUGACCUAUCAGAUGUCGCUGCCCACUUCAUUCAACCCAAGAGAGGGGAAACUCAUUGAAGUAAUUGAAACAGGCAUUUAUAUUGGGAGAAACACCGCAUAACCCUGAUGGCUUGCCUUGUAUUUUCCAGGCUGUGUAGUGAUCCAUCCUUUUGCUAUUGUGUUUUAUCAUUUACCUGCCAGAAUCUCUCCCCCUUCUUUUAAAAACACAGAUUUCCAAGGAUAAUGGGCAUGGGAAAAAAUUAGUCAUUCUGGUGCAAUUUUCCUGCUGAUUCUCAUGCCAAAUGCUUCCCUGGUACUUGUGAUUCUCCCUCGGUUGCUUCCUUCCUGCAUGAGCUUCCAGUCACUUCUGGGCCCACUGUUGUGCUGUUGCCCUCUUUUUAUAAAUUAUGUAUAGUAAACUGUGUUUUUAAAAAGUGCAUGUGUGCCAACUCUGCUCUUUCGCAGGCCAACAUUUCAUCUUCUGCCUUCUGUGUACAGAUAUUGCCUGCCUGCCUGCCUGCCUGCCUUCCUCCUUCCUUCCUUCCUUCCUUCCUUCCUUCCUUCCUUCCUU